AUGUUUCGCGCGCAGUCGAACAUCUUCGACGACGUCGUAGUCAAGGCGACGGAUGAGAACCUCACAAGUGAGAACUGGGAAUACAUACUGGACGUAUGUGACAAAGUCGGGUCGUCCGACACAGGCGCCAAAGAUGCCGUCGCCGCCAUGAUCAAGCGAUUAGCACAUCGCAAUGCAAACGUGCAACUAUAUACCCUCGAGCUCGCAAACGCCCUCAGUCAGAAUUGCGGAAUCCAAAUGCACAAGGAGCUUGCAUCGCGCAGUUUCACCGAUGCCAUGUUGCGUCUUGCAAACGAUCGGAACACACAUCAAGCUGUGAAAGCAAAGAUACUAGAGCGCAUGGGGGAGUGGUCUGAGAUGUUCUCGCGUGAUCCAGAUCUUGGCAUCAUGGAGGGAGCCUACAUGAAGCUGAAGACACAAAACCCCAAUCUUCGGGCACCCUCGAAACCGCAGAAAACCCAGAUCUCCGAUUCCGACCGCCAGAAGGAGGAGGAAGAGCUCCAAAUGGCAUUAGCCAUGUCUAUCAAGGAGUCCAAGGGCGCAACGCCUUCGGCCGCGAAAGCAAAUGCGCCGCAGGAAAGCAACGCAGGCUCCAGCUCUCAAGCAGCGCCGGCUCCACAGCCGGUACAGCCAGGCACUACAGCAGCAACCGUCUCGCGUGUAAGGGCCCUAUUCGACUUUCAACCUUCGGAGCCUGGUGAGUUGCAAUUCAAGAAGGGUGAUAUCAUCGCUGUACUGGAAUCAGUAUACAAAGAUUGGUGGAAGGGCUCACUUCGUGGAAACACGGGCAUCUUCCCUCUCAACUACGUGGAGAAGCUACAAGAUCCCACACGUGAAGAACUUGAGAAAGAAGCACAGACUGAGGCAGAGGUUUUUGCCCAGAUUCGGAACGUGGAGAAGCUGCUUGCUCUUUUGAGCACGAAUACGCAAGCUGGAGGCGGCGAUGGUCGCGACAACGAAGAGAUCACGGAGCUGUACCACUCGACGCUUGCGAUCCGUCCAAAGUUAAUCGAGCUGAUUGGGAAAUACUCCCAGAAGAAGGAUUUCUUCACCACCUACACAUCAGCAACCUCCGUCGGAUCCAUACUCACAGCCACCUCCACAGUCGGCGGAGGUGGGGAUGAAGGCUUUUACCGAUAG